GUUGCCACUAUCUCUGCUAACGGUGACAAGCAUGUUGGUGACAUGAUUGCUCAAGCUAUGGAACGUGUUGGCAAGGAAGGUGUCAUUACUGUAAAGGCCGGUAAGACAAUUGAUGAUGAAUUGGAAGUCACUGAGGGUAUGCGCUUCGACCGUGGUUUCAUUUCCCCUUACUUCAUCACUGACACAAAGACUCAAAAGGUCGAAUUCGAAAAGCCUUUGAUCUUGUUGUCUGAAAAGAAGAUCUCCUUGCUUCAAGAUAUCUUGCCUGCUCUCGAAACUGCUGCCACUCAACGUCGUCCUCUUUUGAUCGUUGCUGAAGAUUUGGAUGGUGAAGCCCUUGCUGCUUGUAUCUUGAACAAGCUCCGUGGUCAACUCCAAGUUGCUGCUGUCAAGGCUCCUGGUUUCGGUGACAAUCGUAAAUCUAUCUUGGGUGAUCUCGGUGUCCUCACUCACUCUACUGUCUUCUCUGAUGAACUUGAUAUCAAGUUAGACAAGGCAUCUCCUGAACUCUUUGGUACUACUGGUUCCGUGACUAUCACCAAGGAAGACACUGUCAUCUUGAACGGUGCUGGUUCCAAGGACGCCAUUGCUCAACGUUGUGAGCAAAUUCGUGGUGCCAUUGAAGACGCUUCUACUUCUGAAUACGAAAAGGAAAAGCUUCAAGAACGUCUUGCUAAGCUUUCUGGUGGUGUUGCUGUCAUUCGUGUCGGUGGUGCUUCUGAAGUUGAAGUCGGUGAAAAGAAGGAUCGUUUCGACGAUGCUCUUUGUGCUACCCGUGCUGCUGUUGAAGAGGGUAUUGUUCCUGGUGGUGGUGUUGCCUUAUUGAAGGCUGCCAACUCUCUUGAAAAUGUCAAGGGUGCCAACUUUGAUCAACAACUCGGUAUCAACAUCAUUCGUCAAGCCAUUCAACGUCCCUGUAGAACCAUCGUUGACAAUGCUGGUGGUGAAGGAUCUGUUGUUGCUGGCAAGAUCUUGGAAGAUAAGUCUGGUAACCCCAACUUUGGUUAUGAUGCCUCUACCAACGAAUAUGUUGAUAUGCUUGAACGCGGUAUCAUUGAUCCUACCAAGGUUGUUCGUACUGCCUUGCUUGAUGCCUCUGGUGUAGCUUCUCUCUUGACUACCACAGAAUGUAUGAUUGUUGAUGCUCCUCAACCUCCUGCUGCCCCCGCUAUGGGUGGUAUGCCCGGUAUGGGUGGUAUGGGUGGUAUGAUGUAA